AUGAAGUACAGCGCAGCUCUCGCCCUUGCGGGUGCUCUCGCCUCCGUCCAGGCCCAAAGGAUUGACACUGGCUUCCUCACUGGGCCUGAGCUCACAGCUCUCGCCGGCGGCAACUUCGCGUGGGGUGACAUCGAAAUCGGCGACACCAGCAUCAUGUCCCUCGAGUACAUCCUUGCCGAGCUCGACGCCAUCACUGGCGACUAUCCCUACAACUACUACUACCCCUACGCCUACUACCCUCCUCCCCUGACCAUCCCGCGUCCCAUCCCUGGGUAUCCCGGCUUGGUCAACAACGUCAACAUCCUCAUGCCUAGCGCAACCAUUCAGUACGACGCUCUCACCCGCCUAGCCAAUUGCUCUACACCGGGUGGACGCAUCGAGUAUCUCAUCGACGCUACCGGUCCGGGAGUCGAAACCGACGUCAGGACCCAAGUCACCUUCAUCUUCCCCCUCUCCGUCUACGGAAAGAACUGCCAGUUCAUAUUCUUCCUCGGCAACACCAGCACCGUCACCGGCUCGGACAGAUUCGUCGUGCUACAGAACGAAACUCCCCUUCAAAGCUGCCCGACCACUGAGCCCCCGACCAUCCCGAACGUCGAGCAGGACAUCAUCGGCACCUACCAAGCCAAGUUCGCCGAUCUUGCCCAGGUUGUCACGUCCACUGGCACCUUCCUGGUCGGAACCAACUCUGCAUGCCCGGCUCCUAGCACCCUCCUGACGGAUGGAGUGACCCCGAGGUUGUACACGACGCCCCCGGCGGUUGUGACCCCUCCGACCACCACCGAUCCCGACAACACUGAUCCCGACAACAACGAGCCCGGCGCUCCCAUUCCUUGA